CUCGCCCUCCUCUUCCCCGCCACCCACCCAUCGGUCCACCGCCCGAAGAUGUCCUUCUUCGGCUUCGAUACCACCCUGCCGAGGGAUCGGGCCUCUCUCAAUGACAGGAGGGGCUUUUUCGAAGCCCCCGACCCGUUCGCCGAGGUCGCCCGUGCCCGUGCCCAAGCCCACCAAGACGCCGACGAUGACGACGUGAUCGACUUCGAGGAUACCUACGACGGUCUGGGAGACCAGCUCAACGACGACCAGGAUGCUUUCAACGACGACACCUUUGGCGGCGCCGGAGGCGCUGGCCCUGUCGGAAAGGACUUCGACUUCUUCGGCAAGACGGCUCAAGUUGCAGAUGCGAUUGGAGAGGAGCAGUUCCGCUACAGUCUCCAGAAGCCUGGGGUGCCCGCGGGCGCUCCUGCGGCGGCCGCCCAACCCCCCGCCGAGACCGCUCUGGCAGAGGCUCAGCCGAAACGAACGGGCUAUGAGAAGUACCAGGACCCCGGAUACAUCCCGGAUCUCCAGGCCAAGUCCAGCGUUUGGGGUAUGCCCAGCAAGCCGGAGCCCACGUCCCAGUCCCAGUCCCAGAUGAUGUCGCAGGCGAGGAGGAUGAUGAGCCUGGAGGAGGUGGAAGCGCAGCUGCGGAGACAACCGGCCUCGAUCCCCACUCAGCUCCCCGUCUCCCUCCCGCACUCGAUGCCUGCGCUACCCCAGCCUAUCCAGCGGGUUCACAUGCCUCUCCCUGAAGAUUUCCCCCAGCUGCCGCCCGAGAUCCUGCAGGCCCAAUUUGCCAAGGGUGUGCCCCCACAGUUGCUGCACCAGCCGCCCAUGACCCCGGAGGGAUACCCUCUGCCGGCGCAUGCUCCCAACAUGCCGCUGCAUCUCCUGCAAAAUGCCAACCUCCCCCCGCAGCACAUGGUGGGCCCUCAGCGGCAAGCGAUGUCGCCCGCACCCCAGCGGCCCCAGCAGCAACAGCCGCCGCCGCCGCCCCAGGGCCCUCGUGGAAAUAACACCCAGCAGAUGCCCGUGAUCACCAACGCCCAGCAGUUGAUGCACCUGACCGAAGAGCAGCGGAUGGCCUACUUCAUGGAAGAUGCCAAGCGGGCCAAGCGCAACCAUAAGAUCUUCCUCCUCUCCAAGGGCAACGGACUGAUGACCCCGCAAGAUAAGAACUUCAUCACGCGCAUCCAGCUCCAGCAACUCGUCGCGGCUGCCGGGAACAUGGCCGACUCCGAUGCGGAGGCUGUCUUGGCGGAGGACUUCUACUAUCAGGUCUACAGCCAGAUCCGCGGGGCCCCGCGGCAACAUCCCCACCAGCCCCUCGGCCACUUUGCGCAGACCUAUCUGCUCCAGACGGGGAACCGGCUCGGGGGCCACGGGUCUCGCCGGCAGUUCCAGAGCGCGGACAACCACAUGCAGAGAAUGCAGCAGCAGGUCCAGCGCGCCGUGGAAGCCGCCAAGCAGAAGCCCAAGAACAAGCAGCUGAUCAUCGAAGGCAGCCUGGGUAAGAUUUCCUUCAGCAAUGCCAAGACCCCGAAGCCCAUGCUCAACAUCAAGCGCCCCGAGAGCUCGGAAGGCGCCAAUUCGGCGAAGAAGCCGCACACCGACCUGAGCCUGAGCGACCGGAAAUCGGUCCUGACUAACCUCGAAGGCGUCUACAGCACGUUGAUGGAGAUGGAAGACAUGGAGCGCACGAUGCCGCCGCCGCCGGACGAGAACGAUGCGGAGGCGAUCCAGAAGCACAUGGAAUGGCGACAGAACAUCCGCUCGCUCAACCAGAAGCUGUGGCGGGAGCUCAAGGUCAUGGAGCCUAUUGUUCCCAACACCAACACCCCGCACCCCUUCAUCGCCUUCCUGUCGUACCCCAAGGGAAAGAAGGCCAUCCCCCGCAUCUUCCGCCACAUCGACCAGGAGCAACGGGUCACCAUCCUCACGAUGAUUGUCGUCCACCUGGACUCCUUGGACGUGGUCCGGCGCGCGCAGCCCGUGCCCGGAGAAACCCAGCCCUCUCUGGCCGUCCGCGAGGCCAUCGAACUGUUCUCCCAGGCCGUCAUGCCCAGUCUCCUGGGUUACGUCAACGAAGCUCCCUUCAACAUCAUCAUCGGCCUGCUGGGGCUCGUCAUCGCGCAGACCCACGUGCAGAUGGUCGCCAAGACCCGCAUCGGACUGGGCGUCUUGACCAUGCUUCUCAGCCGCGCCGAGAUUGUCAAGGAGGCCGGUCAGGCUACAGAGCGGGACUGGCAGCAGUGGGUGGAGAAGUUCAACGUGCUCUUCGACACCCUCGAGCCCACAUUCGCCGACAUCUUCCCCAGCUCGAUCAACGCCGGCGACGACAUGUACGUGUGGCAGUUCCUGGCCGCGGUUGGUAUUGGAGCGAGCCCCGAACAGCAGCAGCGCCUGGUCAUUGCCGUCAAGGAUCGUGUCAUGGAGACAGUAACCUACAGCAAGACGCUCCCCGCCGACAUGGCCAGCCAGCGCCUGAACAACGUGAACCUGUUCAUGCGCGCUAUCGGCCUCGAUGUCGAACUCCUGGGUUAAGUUAGGAGGACCGGAUCCCCCGGUGAUUCUUGAGCUGGCCGAAUCCGAGGGCGUGUCGUGUCGUGUCGUG